AUGCAAGCUAAUGGCACAGGCAUCUUCAACAGGGCAAAACGCAAGUGUGCCAACUGCCAUGGGAGUCUUCCAGCCGAAAAGCCGAUCCAGGCAGGAGGAAGACACCCAGCCUUUGUGCUAUUUCCUGUCCUCUCCCCCACCUUCGGGCCUUCGGAAUAUCGCAAACCGGGCCCCGAAACUCGGAGCGGCGGCGGCCGCCCCACAAAGGCACCGCCGGGAGCGCCAUCUUGGCGCGGCCACCGGGCCCAUUCAUUCGCGGGCCUGGGCCGGGGUCCGCGCAACCCCCCGGCCGACACGCGCGGGGCGCCGGCGCCAGACAGACCCCGGCCUCGGCAGGAGAAGGGCGAGGCCACAGCGCGGCCGGCCCGGCCCCGCCCGACCCGCGCCCCCGAGGCCCCGGCCGCCGCCACGGGAAGCUCCCGCGGCGCGCACAGCCCCGCACCCCGGGGCCGAAACUCGGCCCCCAGCCACGCCUCCAGCCAUCGGGAUGGGCGCGGCGGGCCCCUGCCCGCAGUCUCGGGAAACCCCACGCGUUCGCGUCACCACGCACGUCGCGCGUCGCGCGCGCUCGCUAGGCCCGACGGGCACGCGCACGCCUGCGCGCUUGCAACUCGCAACGGGCCCGAGCGCGUGUCCGAGCGGCUUAAAGAGGCCGUGUUGCUGUCUGUCCUCCGGGACCGCUGCUUCAGGAGACCCCCCCCCGGCGGCCCGGCCCUACGGGGACCGAGCGGGAUGGGGACCGGGGCAGUGGGCCCUCGGAGACGGGACGGGGCGGGGGGAACACUGGCGUGGAGCCCUCCGGGGACAGCGCUUGAUGUCCUCAGAAGCCUCCAGAACGUCCAUGGAAGCCGCCCCUGCGCCCACCGCCUCCUGCUGUCUUUCCAGCUGAGCUCCGGCUGCCCCUCACCCCCGGCUUCUGCACUCCGCUCCUCCCCAGCCAGCGCCCUGCUCUUCCACCCGCCUGGGCCUUCAUCCCCUCCGAGCUCCCCUUCCACACCAAACCUGGCGUCCGUUGUCCUCCAGGCCUGCACCAGCACAGUGGAAAGGGAGAAAGACCGAGCCUCAUCCCCUGGGCCUCCCCUCAACCAGGGCCCCAACCUCAAGGGGCCACGCCACCCCACCCCCAACGCCUAUUUCCCACCUAGUCUCUCCAGACCCUGGGAUACCACCCGCCUCUCUCAACUGGCGUUUUCCUUCUCAUUUUGUGUGCAUGGCGCUUGUGUGAGAAAGCGGGCACACAGUAAGUGCGGCUUCUGGAUGCGUCCGCCGCCUGCCCUCCCUGCCAUGCGCUUUCCCUCCCUGGGGAGCCUCCACCAGACAGGGAACCCAUGCCUUCCCACCCUUCUGUCUCCCUCCCACUUCACUUGUCCGCGGCAUUCCCGGAGGCCUUUAUUUCUGGCACUAGAUGCUCCAGGGUCCUGUUGUAUUCUCCCUGCCCCAGCCUGAACUCAGCUAUUUCUGCUGGCAACCUGGUUCAUUGUGGGAGAAUGUCAUGCAGAGCCCAGGAUGGGGUCCCGGGCGUGCUCAUUGCUGCUGGGGUGUCCUUGCAGCUGGUGGAGCAAGGGAGUACAUCUAUGUACAUGCUCCCACACAUACGGAUACACACAGUUUCAUGGG